AUGUCGAUUGAUAGACCGCACAUCUUCGGCGGCGUGCCCGACGUGCUCUUCCUGAUCCUGAGCAUGGGCGAGGCGUCGACCAUCCCAGUGCUGUGUCGCCUGAACAAGGCCACUUUCGAGACCAUCAAGUCCCACGAGGCCUUUCUCUGCACCUCGUUUCUGCGUCUUCAUGAGAUCAGCCCGCCGCUGGACAAGAUCCUGACCAUGGACCCGAUCACGGGCCAGCGCAGCCCGCUCAGCUUCAUCAACCUGCAGAAGUUCAUGUAUCGCCGCGAGACCGCGCUGCGACUGGCCUCACGCGUUGCGCGCUCCGGCUGGGGCGCCUGGUGGGCCAUAAAGGGCGCCGGGGAGAUGGACGCCGAAGCCGAGAUGUUUCGCCAGCGCGUCGAACGAGGCCUGUAUGUCAUGUUCCACAUGUCGGAUAUCGCCCGCGACAUUGAGCGCGUCAAGCUACGCCCAUGCACGCUUGCCGUGGGCUCCUACCGCCUUCUCCUGCUGAGCUGGCUGCCCUGCAUAGGAUUCGAGAGAUCCGCCGCCAAUCGCAGCCCAUGGUGGUUCCCUCGGCACAUGUCGCACGUCCACGUCGUGCUGCUGCGGAAGACGCAGCAGCGAGAAGUCGGCAAACGGCGAUGGCGCUUCCGGCAGAUGCUCGAUCUGGAGCGACGCGUGGAUUUCCACAUUGCCUUGCAGAUGCUGCGGCAGUUUCUCGAGACUAUCAUCUUUGCCCAUAGUCCCGAUGACGACGCCAGCAUCAACAGCUUAAACGAGGACGUGGACGUGACAAACUGGUUUCUUCUGCGGCAGAGCGCGCACUCACUCGCUCGCAUUUUCCUUGAGUUGCCCGAUGGGAAUUGCUGUAGCAUUGAAGAGCGCGCGCGGAAGGGCGAGGAGGGAGGAGGAGGAGGAGGAGGAAGAAGAAGAGAACCUCCGGUAUGCAAUUAUUCUGAAGCGCUCAAGGAAUACUGGGAUGCGCGCAACGGAGACUCAACUGUCGACUGCAAGCAGUGCGAGGCUUGGUUGAGGAGUUCGAGUACACAAAGCAUUCUCAACGAUUUCUUCGGACUACAUGCCUUUGACCUGGGCAAGCAGUGGGUUCGUCAGAUGCGAGGAGAGGGCGAUCUAUUCGAUGGAUGA